UCCCUACAACAAGCAAUUUGUGAAGUCUUGGCCAAAGCCUUGGCUUCGAAAGUCGAAAGGCAUGCUCUGUUUAGAUUCAUCUACACGCACAAAAUGUUUGCACAUGAGACCACUAAUCUACUCACACGAUUUAUUCCGUUUACUGAAUGGAAAGCGCAUCCAUUCCGUAAUGAUAUAGAGUAGAUAGAUAACCAAGCGAAACUUGUGAUACACCAAAUCAAAAUCACUUGUGCUUAACUUAGCAUCGGAGAUCAGCAUCUCAUCUAGGUUGAUUUCUCAAAGAAAAAUAAAAAGAAAAGAAAAAAAGCAUAUGAGCAUGCACUCAGGAAUGAAACCAAAUUGUUAAUUGUGAAUCUGUUGCAUCUGUUGUAUUGGAAAUAAAGAGAGGAUGCUGCCCAGAAGAAAAGGAAAACAAACCGAAUUUCCGGAGAAGGGGAACAACCAAUGUUUCGAAAUAUGAAAAAUCAGCAUUUGAGUCGGCGGUUACACACUCAUGCAUAUCGGAACCCGAAAAAUGGCGGGGCGGGAGAAUGAGCAUGAGCAGAGCGAAGCAACGCUGAAACUGACAGUUAUCGGUGCAGAAGGCUUAAAGGGGAUUCGAUUUCUAGGAAGAAUGAAAUCGUUUACAGUCGCUUGGGUCGACCCACAAGUCAAGAGAUCCACCAGAAUCUUAAACAGUUCCUCCACGAGCCCCAUUUGGAACGAGCAGCUCUCAUUCCCCUUAUCUUAUCAAACCCUACAAAACCCUAAUUCCCGCAUCAUGAUCCAGGUCCUCUCGCCUUCGUUCCUAGUCCACAAUCAGAAGGUCAUUGGGUCCACGGUUCUCUCCCUCUCCCAGAUCCAAUACGAAGGAGAGCUAUUUACUUUGCAGCUGUGGAGACCGUCAGGGAGGGCUCAGGGUUUGAUUAGAGUAUCCGCUUGCAUCGAGCGUAUCCCUGGAGCUGGAGGUUUGUAUCCACUGCCACUGGUAGGUUGCGUUACGGGGAUUCCUGUUGUUGACAACAAUACAAUAUAUUCGUUUGUUCCUGAUCAAACGGCCCCGAUGGAAAUUGGAUCCGUUCCUCCUGUUCCAUCUGCACCGCCGAUGCCGCCGGCUGGCGGUGAUGUACGGAAGAAUAUUUUUAUCGGUUUUCUCAGUGGAGCUGUUGCUGUUAUAUUGCUUGGACUUAGCGCUUCUAUUGACAGCUGAGAGGGAGGGAGAGAGAGAGAGUGCGUGUGUUUCUAUGUUCCUGUAAUCAUCAUCUCUUCAGUUCGAGAAAGGAUACUUCGAUCUAUUUCGUGUUUUCAGUUUA